AUUUGUAUAAUUGAUAGUCGAGCUAUUUUUUAACAUACUCUCGCAUUGAGAUUUUUGCAACGACUGUGACAGGUUUAUAAGUGAAGGUUACGCUUGGAGUUUACGUUUUUCUGAUAUUAAUUCAUAAAAACAAGUUGAAUUAUUAUUCUUUCAAUAAUGUUUGCAGCAAGACGUGCUUUAUUCUCUAAUACGAUUAAAAGUACAUCUAUAAGGGCAAAGCAUUCACUUCCUGAGUUACCCUAUGACUACAAAGCUUUGGAACCUAUCAUUUGUGCAGAAAUUAUGCAGCUUCAUCAUUCCAAACACCAUGCAACUUAUGUGAACAAUUUGAAUGUUGCUGAAGAAAAAUUGAAAGAAGCUGUUGCCAAAGGUGAUGUUAAUACUCAGAUUGCAUUGGGUCCUGCUAUUAAAUUUAAUGGAGGAGGCCAUUUAAAUCACUCAAUUUUCUGGUGUAAUCUUUCACCAAAUGGCGGUAAACCAGAUGUCGCACUUCUCAAACAAAUAGAGAAGGAUUUUGGUAGUCUGGAAGAAAUGAAAAAACGAUUAUCUGAAACUACCGUUGCAAUCCAAGGCUCUGGUUGGGGUUGGCUUGGAUAUUGUUCAAAAACAAAAUCUUUAAGGAUAGCUACUUGUGCUAAUCAAGAUCCUCUCCAAGCUACAACUGGUUUAAUACCACUUUUUGGUAUCGAUGUUUGGGAACAUGCGUACUAUUUGCAAUAUAAGAAUGUUCGACCCGAUUAUGUUAAAGCUAUUUUUGACAUAGUGAACUGGAAUGAUGUGAAUAGCCGCUACAAGAAUGCAUCGGGAUGUUAGAGAGGUAGAGAAAAUAUGAUAGUCUCGAAAAUGAUGUUUACCUAGUAUGAAUCUUUUUCGAGAAUCAAUUUCUUAUUCUGUAUGUUCUCUUUGUCUUUCAGAGAUAUCUGCGAUUUUAUACAUAUUUGUUUCCUAUAUAUUGUACACAUAUAAUAAUAAAUAGUACCGAAAUU